AGUGUGCGUUUGAUUGAAAAUAGUUUAGGUUUGUCAAAUUGAAGCGCCAAAGUGACACCGAGAACUCGUGGUUGAGUGAAAAAAAUAAAUAAAAGUCAUGUGGAAAAAACUGUGGGUAACUAAAUCUUUAUUACCUUGUGACUUCCGAAUGGAUAUCGAGAGAACAUAUUCUGUACUCUUCUCAAGGACUUUUAGCCUUACGUCGUUUCAUAAAACUCGAAUUAAGAAAACUUAUCGUCAAAAUAAUUGGAAGGAGAAUGUGACGGUUAAACCUGCUGUCGUCGACGUGAGUUACAAUUUUCGUACCAAUGAUGAACUUGAAAACGUACAGACUCCACGAAAACUUUCUGAUUUGCAGGGAAAAAUAAACGAUCUAACGAAAGAUCUGAAUGUUAUUACACAAAAACUGGAAACGUAUUCUGUUGAAAAGGAUGAUGUGGAAAGCAAACACGAUCUGCAGGGGACACCACUGUCCAGGAGAGUGACUGACAUCCCUUGUGGGGGCUGUGGGGCCUUACUGCACAGUGGGGACGUGACCGAGCCUGGUUACGUGGAUGGCGAGAAAUUAAAUAGUUUAAUAACAGAAGAACAGGGAAAAUUCAAAUGUCAGAAAUGUCACAAAAUUCAACAUCAGGGUGUUGUGAUUGACAUCAGAGCUACUGGUGACAGGUUCAAGGAGAUGAUGCAAAAAAUUACGACCAAGAAAUGUUUGGUCUUGUUGGUGAUAGAUCUGUUUGAUAUUGAAAACAGCAUUCCGGACAUUUUGCCAGAAAUGUUACCUAAACGCUUACCUGUCUAUUUGAUUGGAAACAAAGUUGACAUCAUUCCCCAGGAUCACCCUUAUUAUCUAGAUUCUGUGGAACAAACUUUCAUCAAUUCAUGCAGGCGACGAGGACUAGAGAAACAUAAUGUUAAACAUGUCUCCCUAAUAAGUGCAAAAACAGGAUAUGGUGUAGAAAAUUUAAUAACAACACUUCUUGAACAAUGGGGCAUGUCAGGUGAUUUGUGCAUGAUUGGCACUGCCAACAGUGGAAAAUCGACCCUCUACAAUGCUUUGAUCAACUCGGACUACUGCAAUCAUAAAGUCAGGGAUGUCAUUUCCAAAGCCACCGUGUCUGUUUUGCCAGGCACUACCAUAAACGUUCUGAAGUUUCCAAUCAUGAAUGCCAAAACCAAAUGGUUGAUGAAACUGAGGCAAAAAAGACUUCUAGAAACGCAGGCAAAGGAGAUUCUUCAACAUAAAAAAAUGAAAGAAGAGAUAAAAAAAUCAAAGAGUCUCAUGUUAUCAUCAUUGAUAACCACUCUACAUGAAAAAGUAGAAAAGACAGAUUUUGAAGAUGAUGCAGAGAAAAGGGCCCUCUACUCGGGAUUCGAUCUCACAGCCUACGAGUAUGGUGGAGACAGAGUUCAGGCAAAUGAUGGCAAAGAAUUCAUCAAGGAAAAGCUGGAAAUGUAUGAUGAGGGAAAUUACAAGAAGUCUAGGUUCCUGUACGACACACCAGGUCUUCUCUCUGACUCACAGAUUCACACUAAGCUGCUUCCAGAAGAGCUAGAGUUGAUCCUUCCUCAGAAGAAAAUAGUCCCUUACUGUUAUCUACUGAAACCAGAGCAUGUGGUGUUUAUCACUGGACUUGGGAGGAUUGACUAUGUAGAGGGCAACCAGGAUGUUAUGUUAGUAAUAUACAUCAGCUCUAAGCUCCCUGUGUAUGUCAUUCCAAGAACGAAGGCAGAAGAGUUCUACAACAGCAAUGUCGGCACAAACGUACUGAAGAUCCCUAUCGGUGAUGAAUUGCGACUUGCUAAGCUUCCACCACUAAAGAGCAAAGAAAUUAGGAUCCACCUCCAGGACCAUCCCCAGCAGCUGGCAGCUGCUGACAUACAACUGUCUUCUUUAGGUUGGGUGUCGGUGUUGGGGAUGUUACACAGACCUGAGAUAGAGAUUGAUGUCACCCUCAAGAUCUACACUCCUGGUGCCCUGGGUAUUUAUCAGAGACCCCCAAUGUUGAAGAAAGGCCAUGCUUUCCACAGGAAAAGGAUAGGGAAUUCCUUCAAGUACAGCCGGAACCAGCCCAAACUUUUGCUUAUGAAGGGAGAACAGUUUUAGUAAGAAGUGAAUGUGUUUACUGUUAGUCAGAGUGACACAUUUGGGGGAUCACUGCUUGUCGCGUGUUUGUCCCAGUGUCUGUCUGUGUGUCACAGCCCACAACUUCCUCGACUGCUACGAUCACAUCCUUCCAAUACUGCAGCGAUAGACAAACUUGUGUUACAAAGAACACUGUAGUUGUCCAAUGAUUGUGGAGUCAACAUUGCAUCAUUCAGUUUCAUUAUACAGUGAAACCUGUCUAAUCCGACAUGCACUGGGAGACACUGUUUUGUCGAAAUACAGUGUGUCAGAAUAAACAGUGUAAAAAACCAAUGAAAAUAUAAAAUUAAGAAUGAAAGGCAACCUUUUAUGAACACGAAAUAGAAAAACUAUUAAAUCUAAAGCAAAAA